AUGUCAAAGUGUAGAGUGAAGGUACGAGUGGAACAUAUGCAGAAAACAUUCUAUGAGCGACUUCUUUAUGUUUGGCGUCAACAAACUGAAGACAAAAAUCAGAAGUUCGUUAUCUACAAGGCGUAUGUCAAUCUGAAGAACUACCCUUUAGAAGUACGCACCGUUGCAGAACUGAAGCAUAUCCACGGCAUUGGCGAAGCACUUGCUGCUCGUUGCUAUUUGGCAUGGGAAGCUGCAUGUGCAUCGUGUCCAAUUCUUGAUCUCAAAAUUAUCAAAGAGGAUUUCAUCCGUUUUAUUGAAGUUGCUAAAAGAAGUGGUUCUAUAGAAAUACCGCCACCUACAAAUAGAACAGCUAGAUUAAGCAAACGAAGUGGCAAGAUAUACCCUGAAAAAGAAGCGGAGCAAAUGCUUGCCGAGUUUGAUAGCACAUAUUGGAAGAUUGGUCUUCGGCCAACUCUUGCAGAGACUCAUCAUGAUGAACCACUUAGCUCCAGAGUUGAUCAGGAGGAAUCGAACGGUUUAGGGAGCUUUCCGUCCUCGGGACGUCGGGAUAUAGUGAAGAGAAAAAGAGCACCCCACACCAUGCCCACGUUUUCGAUUCCGCGAUUCUUCCUGCUUCAACGUAUGCGUCAGAGACGUAGUGGCUACGUAGGCAGAAUGAAAGGUCACUCAUCGUUAUUCAACGCUCAGUCGAAGAUCGAUGCUAGGAAUAUCCCGUAUUACACAAGUAAUUGA